GAGCACCCACUAGGACAGAGGACUUGGUGGUAAGGAAGCAUUACCUGGGAGCAGUGUCCCGGCCUGCUUUCCUGAGGGCCCUAGACCCAGAGGGAGACAAUCAGAAAGUCGGAGAUGUGGGGAGAGAGCGGCAGUCAGGGAGAGUUCCAGAGGGAAAGAGAAAUAGAGGUUUCGGGACAGAGACUCACACACAAAAGAAUCAGAGAAGGGGGUGGAAACAGGGAGAUAGAAAAUGAGAUCAUCUGAGAUCAACAGAGAGAGACUGGGGGAGGCAGAAUGAAUGCAGGACGUCAUGAGGGAAAAGCCCCUUCACAACUUACCCGGGACCCAGCAGGCUCCCCUGCCCUCCCCAGCUGACAGUCCCUCUUGCUGUCCUACCACCAUCAUCUGUCCUGCUGCUGUGCUGCCAGGUGGAGGUGAGGGGAGCCAUGUUCCUGAACCCUGGCGAGGGGCCCGUGGCUGAGGGUGGAGGGCCGGCACCCUGUGAGGAGGCCCCCAAGAAGAAGCACCGGAGGAACCGUACCACCUUCACCACCUACCAGCUGCACCAGCUGGAGCGGGCGUUCGAGGCCUCCCACUACCCGGACAUUUACAGCCGAGAGGAGCUGGCAGCCAAGGUGCACCUGCCGGAGGUGUGGUUCCAGAACCGUCGGGCCAAGUGGCGGCGUCAGGAGCGUCUGGAGACUGGCUCAGGGGCUGUGGCCGCCCCAAGGCUUCCUGACACCCCAGCGCUGCCCUUUGCCUGCCCUCCAGCCAUGCCACUGCCCCUGGAGUCCUGGCUGGGCCCCGGGCCGCCCGCCAGGCCAGGCCUCACUCACCUCCUGGGCCCGGCCCCGGGGCUGCAGGCGUCCUUCGGGCCUCAUGCUCUUGGUUCGGCUUUCAUGGAAGGCUUUACCCUGGAGGAGGCAUCUUUUCGGCUGCUGGCCAGGGAGCACGCACAGGCUCUGGACAGGGCCUGGCCACCGGCCUGAGCUUGGUGCCUACACAGCUCUCCCUCUUUGACCUGUUCCAAGGGCCUGGGAUGAUAGAUACAGUCCAGGCUAUCGAUGAGGAAAGAGACUACCCAUCCCCACUCUCCAGUCCAUGGCCACCCAUGGCAGGUCCCCACCCCACCUCACUCUGCCUUGCAGGGAGACUGGGACCCAGUCUUGGAAAGGAGGUGGUCAUAGGAUUCCCAGACCAGGGGGUGCGGGGCCCCGGGUGGCCUUGGGGGAGUCUCUGCCAUCCUGGGACCUCAGUGCCCCCGUCUGUCAAAUGGGGGUAGGUGGGUGGGUAGCUUGGUAGGCUCUGGGACUGUAAGACUAUAACUGGGAGCCACCGGGACCUUCAUUCCGGGAGUCAGUAAGUCUAAAUCCCUGCUAAUCUUUCACCAGCAGAGCUGCCCAGCUCUCAGGGCCUUCUCUCAGAAAUAACGGCAGAGCAGCUCUCAUGCAGCUGCCUCCUCUGUGUGCUCCCGGUCAGAGCCUGUCCUGUGAGGCAGGCACAGCCACCAGCCCCAUUUUACAGGGAGGUAACUGAGGCCCAGAGGUGGAAAGCCGGUUUGCUGAGGCCACAAAGCCAGUAGGGCGCGGAGCUGUUUUUCACAUUCACUGUCUGACUCCAUUACGCCAGGCACAGCUGGGUCCCUGCUGGCUCCGGCAGCAGUUGGACCCAGGCCAGGGCUAAUGGGGGACCAGGCAGACACUGGGUGAAUACCGUCUGUCCCUGCUUCCUCCAUGUUUCAAAGCGUGGCUUAUGUCCCCACUGACCACAGACCCUGUCACAUCUCCCAGCCCAGAGAGGGUGGUACGGGGCCUUUGGUGGCAAGGCCAGCAUUUGUUCUGUCCAACCCAAUUCAUUCAUUCAUCCACCCACCCGUCUACCCAGGAAGCAAUAGGGACACAACAGUAAACAACACCAACAAAAAGCCCUGCCCUGAUGGAGCUGCCGCUGCAGUGGGAGAGACAAGAUGCAAAAGUGAAAAAUAAAUAAAAUAUAAAAUACCA